UCAUGAAGCUGCCAUCAUUUAGUGUCGGCAUGAGAGCUCUUGUACUGCUGUGUCUGCUGAAUGCAGCGUUUGCUCAAAACGAAUAUUCCUGGAACGGACCCGUCCGGAUUGCUCCAGAUCCCGACCCCAACGCAGGCAGUGCAUGCAGCACGGACAAAUUCUCCUGUGGUUGCUGCCUGAUGGUGCAAGAGGUGAACAGGCUGAAGACCUACUUUAACAAGAGCAUGACUGAGCUGGAGAAGGACUUCCAAAAGACAAAAGAAAGUCUCAGGGUGGUUGAAGCCAGCCGUGUUGCCUUCUCUUUCUCUCUAUUCAGCGAUGAGAAUUUUAAGUGUUACGGCCCCUUCAGCGAAAUGAACAAGGUCGUCAUCUACAAAAAUGCCUUCCUUAACUUGGGCGGAGCCUACAACAUGAACACUGGCGUCUUCACCGUUCCUUUCUCAGGCGUCUACAGUCUCGCAGUCACCAUCUUCAGUGACGCAGGGUCUCCCGGCAACAUGCUGGCUGCCUGUGCCAAUCUGCAGGUUAACAAUAAAGUGAUGGCAAGAGCCAAAGAGUUUAAUACCAAUGACCAAGAAGAUAGCGCCACCAUAGUUGUGGCCAUGCACCUGAAAGUUGGAGACAUGGUGACUGUUACCUUAAGCAGUGGCUGCUAUCUCUGUGAUGAAAGCUACUACAACACCUUCAGUGGCUUUCUGCUUUAUGUUACUGAAUAAGUUGGAGGAUGGUUGGUUUUUAUUGCAAGUUUUGCUCCACUUUUAAGGUUAGAGUCUGCUAGGUGAAAUUUUCUGCAUCAGUCUAUUGUUUGGGGAUUCUUUUGAGAAAGUCCUGGUUUUAAAUUCAUCGUGCUUUGAUUCAGCUUGUACAAUCUGAAAGCUUAAACCAAGAAACUAUAAGAGUAUCUUUGUUCUGAAAAAAACAUAUAUUUUCUUGUUUCAGUAAUGGCCUGUAAUGUGUAUAUACAAUCAGCAGCCAUGCACCUUGUAAAAUUACAUGAACUGUAAUCAAAAGGUUUGUUUUACCUGAACAAUUGUGUGAUUGUUUGGAAAA